AAACAGACUAGAAAUUGUAACAUUUCCUUUUUGUGGCAAGAAUAUGUGGAGAUGCCCUGCAGCUUCUUCCUGUUAGUCAUCAUGUCAAACCUCAGCAGAGCCAAUCAGAUCUCCUCUCCAUUCAUCCUGAUUGGGAUCCCAGGGAUGGAAGAGAUGCAUGUUUGGAUCUCAAUACCACUGUGUUGUAUGUAUAUAGUAACCAUUUCAGCCACCAUUAUUGUUCUUCUUAUCAUAAAAGCUGAGAGGAGGCUUCACCAGCCAAUGUACCUGCUCCUUUCCAUGUUAUUAGUCACUGACCUUGUCCAGUCAAAUGCCGCCAUUCCCAAGAUGCUGCUGCUCUUCUGGUUCAAGCUAAGAGAGAUCACUUUUGAGGAAUGUCUAGUGCAGAUGUUCUUUAUCCAUGCCUUUACUAUAAUGGGGUCUUCUGUAUUACUAACUAUGGUCUUUGAUCGCUAUGUGGCCAUUUGUCACCCACUGAGAUACUCCUCUAUCCUGACCAAUUCCAUGAUUGCAAAAAUGGGACUGUUUGUGAUAAUAAGAGGGACCUUGUUGUCAUUUCCUUACCCAUUCCUUGUCAGAAGGCUCCCAUUUUGUGGGAACAACAUUAUUCAACAGACUUACUGUGAGCAAAUAGCGGUGGCAAAGCUCUCCUGUGGUGAUUUCAGAAUCAACUUUAUUUACGGGCUAGCAGUUGUUUUUUUAGUGACAGGAUUAGACAUACCAUGUACUAUUCUGUCCUACACCAUGAUUAUAAUGGCUGUGCUGAGACUUCCGAACAGAGAAUCCAGAUAUAAAGUUGGUAACACAUGUGCUGCCCAUGUUGGUGUUAUAUUAGUGACAUAUAUCCCAGCCCUCUUCUCCUUCAUAUCUCAAAGAUUUGGGGUUUUUGCAGCCCCAUCUGUCCAAAUCCUUAUUUCCAGCCUCUACCUGAUCAUUCCUCCUAUGUUGAAUCCAAUCAUAUACGGCAUAAAAACCAAAGAGAUCCGCAAGAGGGUGUCAAAAUUAAUUUCACUUGCUGGGAAGGGUCUGUGAAAUGUCCCUCAUAGGCAACACUCCAGUGUUCCACAUCCAGUGCCAAAAUGUAAUAUAACCAAUAAACAAAGAAUAUGUUUACUUUCCUUAUUUC